AUGCUGAUGAGUGGUGCCCACUUAACUAUGAAAAAGACUUUUGCUGGUGGCAUUAAAGAAGACACUGAAGAACAUCGCCUAAGAGAUUAUUUUGAACAGUAUGGGAAAAUUGAAGUGAUUGAAAUCACGACUGACAGAGGCAGUGGCAAGAAGAGAGGAUUUGCUUCUGUGACUUUUGACGAUCAUGACUCCGUAGACAAGAUUGUCAUUCAGAAAUACCAUACUGUGAACGGCCAUAUCUAUGAAGUUAGGAAAGCCCUAUCUAAGCAAGAGAUGGCUAGUGCUUCGUCCAGCCAAAGAGAUCGAAGUGGUUCUGGAAAUUUUGGUGGUGGUCUUAGAGGUGGUUUUGGUGAGAAUGACAACUUCGGUCACGGAGGAAACUUCAGUGGUCAAGGUGACUUUGGUGGCAGCCAUGGUGGUGGUGGAUAUGGUGGCAGUGGGGAUGGCUAUAAUGGAUUUGGUAAUGAUGGAAGCAAUUUUGGAGGUGGCAGAAGCUACAAUGAUUUUGGCAAUUACAACAAUCAAUCUUCAGAUUUUGGACCCAUGAAAAGAGGAAAUUUCAGAGACGGAAGCUCUGGCCCCUAUGAUGGUGGAGGCCAAUACUUUGACAAACCACCUUGA